AUUUGGCAACUCAUUCGAACCACGGUUUUGAGGCAAGACCAAAGCUUCAGGUAAAGUUAGCUUCAUUAUGGUUUGAACUCCGGUACAGGUUUAUGGUACUGGUGAUGGAUUUGUCUGCGGAUACAUGGGAUGCGAAUAUCUGAGCGAUGGUGAGGUGUAAAGAAAGUAGAAUAUCGCGUCUCUCUCCAAUGCCAUCCUCCAGGACACUGAUUAAUGCAGGGGCUCGCUGAAUGCUACUGUGUCGAGCUUCUAAUGAGAUACAAAUGCCUCGAUAUAAAGGUUUACAUGCGGUCGGAAUACUGAAGUUCAGGAAGGAAGUAGCCUUCUUGCCUGGCUGGGGGGCCUUGGUGCAGAGCUGGCGCAGGGCUGCCGGGAGGACUGUUACCCCUGCCUCAUUGUGUUCAGAUAGAGUGAAGUAAAUUAUGACGUCGAUUAAUCGUUGAGAGAUAUGUUCAGUGUGAGAUGAGGGUAUGUAUAUCAGACAGAUUAGCUUAAGUGUGUAGUGGGAGAGGAAAAGGAAUGGGAUGUGUAGUUAGAAGAUCAGAGGAUCGAAGAUGAGCACAGCGCCAGCGCUUCAUGACGUCCACCUGCUCCACCUGCCCUUGCCUCGCCACAGCCUGAGUGACCCGCGCCGCCUAGGCCCCUAACAUGUCACUGGUGGAGGCUGCAGCAGCCUUGGACAGACUCCUCGCGGGGCAAACUAGGGACGCCUCCACCUCCCGCCUUUGGUCCGCCGGCACCGCCAGUGUUCCUCGCUGGGGCGUCAAUCCCGCGUCCGCCAGCCCGCAGUCCCCGCUGCCCAACACCAGGACCGCCUUCCUCGACCACACGCUGUCUUCAGAGGGACUUGUACCCGCGCAGAGUACCAAGGUCGUCCUCCACAGCACCCCAAAAGAUGACACUCCCCGGCACGCCCCACCCCAGCUUCCCCUCCUGAACGAGGCCCCGCUUUUUGAAACUCUGCGCAACCCCCCAACACUCACACCUGCACCCGUAUCCACUCUCACGUCCACGCCCGCCAGACCAGGCCAAGCACACUACUUCGUCCAUGCUUCCCACGCUGCUCCUCCCUCCCCCUCCAUCCCUGUUCCUGCUUCCCUCUCCAUUCCUAUACCUAUCUCGCCCUCCCUCCCUGCCUCCCACUCCUUACCGGUCUCCUCACACUCCUUCACUACUUCACGCCCCAUUCCUAUUUCAGCUUCCAGUUCCGUACCAGCCUCCUCUUCGUCCCCCUCCUCCUCCCCUAUUUUCCUAUCAGCCCUCCCCAACCCAUGCCCUGUGGAAGGACGCUCCGCAGAGGCUAGGGGGACGGCGGGCGUGUCUGAGCUGUGGCCGGAGGGCGUGCGGAGUGGGCGGAAGGGCGGGCGGUCGUUAGCUUUCCUAUUCAGUCGACCGGAUCCUACCAAGUUCAAGACGGAGCUUUGUCGUUCCUACCAAGUGCAUGGCUUCUGCCGCUACGGUAUGAGGUGUAAUUACGCCCACGGCCUGCAGCAACUGCGGGGAGCCAUUCACCACGGCAAGUACAAGACGCGGAACUGCAAGUCCUACCACGAGAAGGGCUGCUGCCGCUACGGGGCCCGCUGCUCCUUCAUCCACGACCCGGAGGAGGGCGUGCUGAAGUGCUCCAUCGCUAACAAAGAGGUCCUGGAGGCGCUGCACUACUGCCCCGACAGCGAGGAGAGCUUCCGCACCGCCAAGAUCACCUGGAGGCUCGUUGACAGCUCCUCCAGCCCGCCGCCCGAGCUGCACUUCAUCACCUCCAACACCCAGGACACCCAGGCCGCCCACCGGGACGCUGCGGCGCUUAUCUCAGGCACUGGGGUGGAACAUGGCUCCCGGCAACUCCACAGUAAGCAGGAUGUUACGCCCUUACCCCUGCCUGCGGUCAGGCAUGCCCCAUCAGGAGUGUUUGGACAGCUGGAAGGCGCUUGUAAGCAUCACGUCCUCCCGGUCUCAGCCUUGGGAACGCGAGGAAACAAGAAUGUCGCGUGGAAAGCGACGCCUCUGUCGUCCCGAACAUGGAGGAAGGCUUGUAGUGAGCAUGACGUGCACCACCCCCGAGUGCCGCUCACAGGGCCAGGCCGCGGGGCACCUCGCCAGGCUGCAGCACCCCGCCCCAGCCUGCCGCGUCCCUCCCUUACGCCGCGGCAGAGGCGGCUGGUAUAACGCCGAAGAGCUGAUGGACAUGGAAGUGGUGCAAAGCAUCCUGCGGAAGGGGCCGCGUUACUCUGCCACGUGCUGGAGCGCCGCGGAGGAGACAGAUGCCACACGCGGCGCGAGAAGUCUGCCCAACGGGUACGAGUUGUUGGACUCCGGCUUCAAACCAAAUCAGAAACGUGAAAUUCAAAGCAAACCACGUCAGCAAGAGAGCAGCGUGCCGUGGCAGGGAGCACGCGUACCUGUGUGGCCCCGAGCAGGAGGAGGCAUGGGGCGAGGAGUGCGAGGCGCCCUUCCUGUGCAGCACCCUGCGGAGUGACUCUGAUUCCGAGGACGCCAACUUGGGGACCAGCGAUGAGUCGUCGUACCUCAGCUUACACGCACGGGACCUGGCCAGUGCAGUGCAGGGGCGUCCCCAGGGGCUGGAGGGGUGGGCGGGGCGGGACGCGGAGGGGCAGGUGUGUGCGUGCACCAGCCUGCCGGCACGGAGGCAUUGCUUUGACCUCACCAAAUACAAGACGGAGAUAUGUCGGUCGUUCCAGUACAAUAGCCACUGCUGCUACGGCGACGCCUGCCUGUACGCCCACGGCACACUGGACCUGCGGUCGUGCCCGCGCCACCCUAUGUACCGCACCAAGCAGUGUUUCAGCUUCCACCACAGAGGCUACUGCCUGUACGGCAGCCGCUGCCAGUUCAUGCAUGACCUGGGCUAGUGCGCGGCGUGCUGCUGACGUUAUCAGGCUGCCCGCGGCCCGGGAAGCGAGGCGAGGGCGCGGCGCCCCCUUCCCCUCCUGCUUCCCCCAGUGGUGGGGCGGUGGCUGCAGCGUGGGUGCUGAGUUCCUGUGAUUGGGUCACAAGUUUUAUUUCGGGUCAUAAGUAAUGUUUUAUUAAACAGGAAGCGAAUUUCCUUUGUAACUAAAUUAAGCAUUCACUUAG